AUGCCAGUCGAAGUCCGUCAUUCGCCCCCUCCCUUGCACACGCCAGGCUCUGGUAAUAUUCGACCCAAAGGUAUCUUGAAGAAUCCAUCCUUUUCAUCCUCAAGCGGCCAUCCAGGCUCGCCGUCGAAAGACGAGUUCCACCUGCCACCACACGUGCCCCUCGACCCAAAGGAAGAGAGAGAACUUGUGCUUCAGAACACUCUGCAAAAUGCCGGUCACCGCCGCUCGUCUUCGGCUGCUAGACGAGCCUCUGCGUCACGCCGUCACUCAGCCGCAUUGGCCGCAAACCAUGAAGACGAUCCGGAAAAGAUGCGUCUGAAGUGGGAUGAAGCGAACCUCUACUUGGCCGAGCAGGAAUCAGGCGGACGCAUGAAAAUCACCGAGCCAAAGACUCCCUAUCAAUACGGAGACGCCAUGAUGGAAGACGACGACGAGGAAGAUGUGGCUAUCGACCCGCGCUUCGUCAACGUCGAUGAAGUUGAAAUGGCAAAGGCUCCCAAGACGAACAAAAGACAUCGUGAAAGCGAGAUUCCUGGUCUGGAGCUCGGUGAGCCUGAAGAGGAGUUGUCUCCGGGAACAAUGCCGUCGCCAGAAGAAGACAGAAUUGUUCGGGGGUCGAACAAUCUCUCGAGGGAAUCAAGUAAAGAAAAGCAUGUUAGUGUCAGUGAAGGCAGUGAUCCGGAUGGGUUCAAGGAGCUGGUCGGUAUGCCUACCCGUGAAGAACAGGAGAAACACCGCCAGUUUGAAGAGAGGAGGAAGAAGCAUUAUGAGAUGAAGGACAUCAAGAAUCUGCUUGGACACCCCGAGGAAUUGGAUAUGGAAGAUGAGGAUGAACCGCCCAUUCCAGCAGCGAUGCCGAAAGAUCUCCCGCAGCGAUCGAUUAAUGGCACCCGCUAG